CCAAUAGCACGAUCUUUCUGCAAGGAAUUAAGCGCCAAAUAUAGUCUUCUGAAAGUAGUUAGUGGCAAUUCCUCAUAGAUUAUAUUUGUAGCCCAGAGCAAACUUUGUUUGGAAAAUAGACCAGAGCAGCCUUAUUUGAUCUGCCAAUGGUUUCGUUCGAUAAGAGGCUACAUGCUAACGAUAUGCUAGUACCCAGUUCACACUACCCAGUGCUCAAUAUGGAUUCAGACAUUUUGAACAUAGAGGAGAUCGUAAUGGGACGGGGUCUGCCGGAUCCAGCUCCGGAGGUUACACCUGCUAAGCCAGCAGAACCACAUAAACCCAUCUUCAAGCCGCCCCCUGCCCCUACAACUUACCAACAUGAUAACCUGCAGUGUUUUCAGUGCUUCAUAACGUUCUGCAAUGCUAAAGCAAAGGAACGCCACAUGAAGAAAAGCCACCGUGAGGAGUACAAGCAACAGCUUCAGCAGGGAAAUACAUUGUUCACUUGCUACGUGUGCGACCGCAGCUUCCAGUCCUCUGAGGAGCUGACACAGCACCAGCCAACACACAGCAAGGAAGACAAGCCCUUCAAAUGUGUUCACUGCAAGGAGAGCUUUCGAGUCUUUUCUGAGCUCACAACCCACAGACGGAACAUGUGUCCAGAAAGGCAGUUUGUGUGCAAGGAUUGUAACGAGACCUUCCGCAGCCCCGCCUUGCUGCGCACCCACCGCCUGGCUCAGCACCCCCGCCUGGACACGGAGGCCGGCGAGCAGACGGAGGACCCCACAAAGACGCAUCGCUGUGGGAGGUGCAGCCAGGGCUUCGAGACAGAGUCGGAGCUGCUAGUCCACCAGGAGAAGUACUCAGCGGGCCAGCACUGCAACGGCAACGCAGCCGCACUCAAGAAGCGCGGACGGCCUCCAAAGACGGAGAACCAAGCAGCCGCAGAGAAGAAGCUGAAGCGGGUGAAGGAAGAGGGCGAGGCUACAGAGGAAACGGGGAAGGGCAGCAGCACCGCAGAGUCUGGCGCAGCUCCGGCCGAGGCAAAGCCCAAAGUAGCUGGGGCGAAGCGGGGCCGUCCUCCCAAGGCGGCGGCGGCUGCGGCGGCGGUGGCGGGCGAGGACCAGACGACUGCCACAGAGGAGGCGCCGGCCGAGGAGGAGAAGAAAGCAUCCGCGACCCCGCGUGAGCAUCCCUGUCCCGAGUGUGAGCUCACUUUCCCCGCCCUGGCCCCGCUCCGCGCCCACAAGAAGGAGAAGCACACCCCGAGGAAAGCCCACCCCUGCGAGGAGUGUGAGGAGAGUUUUGCCCGUCCUGAACAGCUAGAAGCCCACAAGUCUCGGGCCCACACAGAGGGCCGCUUCUCCUGUCCUACUUGUGGGAAGAGCUUCGGCCGCGAGCGCACCAUGAAGGCCCACCAGAAGACCCAUUCGGAUGAGAACGCCGCGAGCCAAAGUGAAAAGAGAUAAAUAAGGGACGGGAGCGCUUUUCGUAAAAAAGUUAAGAGGGAUUGUUGUUAUCCUCUGUAUUUUAGUCAGUCAGGGAUAUAUAUUUUUUUUAGCAUAGGGAAUCUGAUUCUGAGAAGAGGAUGUUUUUAGAUGUACUUGGAGUGUUUGUUUUUUUUGUUCAGCAUUUUGACAUAAUUGUCCCAUUAGCUAGAGUUUGCAUUGAGGUCUUUCACCAACUCCCCAGCUGGUCUUUCUGGAUGCAGCCAUGGACUAUGUUAAAGUGACGGUAUACUAAUUGAACACAUUGAGGUUAGGGUUCUGAGUUUUUACAUCAUGUGCGUAUUUGCGUAUUUCCAAUAUAAUCGAAAAAGUUGGACUUCAUUACCCUUACUCCUAACCCAACCGUAGGCCCAAUUUUUUAACUCAAGAUUUUCCUAAUUUAAAAAAAUGUAUGUGAAUGGGCUUUUUUUUUGUGUGUGUGUGUGUGUGUGUGUGUGUGUGUGUGUGUGUGUGUGUGUGUGUGUGUGUGUGUGUGUGUGUGUGUGUGUGUGUGUGUGUGUGUGUGUGUGUGUGUGUGUGUGUGUGUGUGUGUGUGUGUGUGUGUGUGUGUGUGUGAUGACUUCUAAAUUGACGGAAGUGUGUUGCUUCAUUUGAUUUUUGAGGUUAUGAAUUGCAUAUUUCGGGUUGUUUCCCCAUCAUAAUUUAGUUUGUAUUGUUUUUUUUGGUCCUGAGUUCAUUAUGAGUUAAAUUUUGGUUUUGGACAAAUGUUAAAUGAAAAAUGUUGAGUUGUCUAAUGUUAAUGUCUUUUUUUUUAAUCUAUUAUACUUCUAUGUAUUGUCUAAUGAAUGCAAAACAUGGAUCUAUGAUGCCAUAGAGUCCUUUUGAAGAGCUGCAAAUCAAGUGUUCUUACGGUGACUGGCUUGUUCUCCCCCAAUGCGACUAAUAAAACGUAAGGUUAUCCCACAGGGAUGCUUCAGAAAGUA